CACCUUCAAAUGCAUGUUCUUCUAUCCUUUUCCGAUUAAUUACCUUUAUUUUUCCUGCCUUCUGGAUGCCCCCUUUUAUUCGGUCCAAACGCCAGUCCUCUGAGCACAAUACCACUUCCAAUCGCCAUGCUACCACUGCGGUGACCACGCCCUCCGCCAGCACCUCUCUAACACCGGCCUCCGACUCUUCUUUAACACCCGUUCCGACCGACCUUGACAAUGAUUCCAGUAAUGAAGAUAAGAAGGUUGUUUCAGAUUCCGAUGUUACAGACUCUGAGGAGGUCGACUGGGAAGAUGCCAUUCAUACCGCCGCUCCCGCCACCAGCUUCGUCUCUCCCCAUGAGAACUUAGAGUUGACAUUAGACCGCAAUGAGGUGCACCUAGAAGAUAUCCUUCAAGGUCAGAAAGCGCCGACGAAGAUUGAACGCCAGAUUCGAAUAUUAAUACAUCGCCUGCACGUGCAGUGCCUACUCGCCCAUAAUGCCAUACGUAACGACUGGAUCAACGACCCAAAAUGCCAUGAUAUUCUGCGGCAGAGGCUACCCCCUGCAAUCCAGGCUGAGAUACAGAAAUGGCGCCGAGCAUCUGGUCUGGAGCCGCCCGAAGCUCCGAAAAAUCCGCCAUCGCAGGAGAAGAAAGGGAAGCAGAGCAAACACCAGGUCAAGUCGCAGCAACGCGAUUGGGGGGAGGAUUCGUCCCGGCAGGAAUCCGGUCAACCUGACCUGAGCAAUGGCGAUCCCAUAAUCUACCUGAUGCGUAUCCUCGCUGCGUACUGGAAGAACAAAUUCAAAAUCACCGCGCCAGGUUUGCGGAAACAUGGCUACCGGCCCAUGUCCCAGCUGCAGACGCAGAUUGCCUCUUUUCAUAAAGACAAGCAUGAUCCUGAGCUGUACGGGGAGAAGAUCCCCAGCGUCGAAGAGUUCCGACAAGCUGCCGAGCGCAUGGAGGGCUCUCGCGAUCUCGGCGCGCAGCUUUUCACUGCGCUACUUCGUGCAAUUGCAAUCGAAGCUCGUCUGGUUGCUAGUUUGCAACCGCUAGGCUUCGGAUGGACUAAGGCAGAGGCCCAUACCUCUCCAAAGUCAAAAACAAAGCCGAAGCAUACAAAUCUAGAAUCAGAUGGGGAUGGUUUUCCUGAUAGUGAUGAAGAAGAGGACGCUCAGCCUUCCUCUCGUGGCCGUAAGGCUGCGCCACGGUACGACCAGGACCUUCCUUUUCCAAUCUACUGGACCGAGGUAGUAUCUCCAAUCACGCAUCAAGUCAUCUCCGUCGAUCCUCUGGUGCUCUCCAAUGCCGUGGCAGCUACCCAAGAGCUCCAAGCAGCUUUUGAACCGCGCGGCGCUAAAGCUGAGAAGGCUAAGCAGGUAAUUUGUUACGUCAUUGCAUUCUCAGCCGACAAGACCGCAAAGGAUGUCACAACUCGGUAUCUGCGGAGGCGGACCUGGCCUGGAAAGACCAAGGGUUUCCGACUGGGGAAGAAAGGGCCUGACGACGAUCUGUUAGAUUGGUUUCGGGUCCUUCUACGCAAUUAUGAACGUCCAUAUAAGGACCGCACUGCCGUGGACGACAUUGAAGAUGCUAAAGAUCUGGUUCCCAACCGGCCGACAAAAAGCAAGCCAACUAAUGAAACAGUUGACACUCUACAGAGCUUACGUACAUCCUCCGAGUUCGUUCUGGAGCGCUUUCUCCGCCGUGAGGAAGCUCUCAGGCCAGGCGCUCUGCCUGUCCGCACCUUUACCCCAGGGGGCAAGAAGAAAAAUGCCAAUGGCAACGGUGCAUCUACGCCAACAGAAAGCCCCAAAGCUGAAAAUGUCUAUCGCCGCUCUGAUGUAGUCAAAUGUCAAACCGCCGAAAGCUGGCACAAAGAAGGCCGCGAGCCACUACCCUCAGCGAAGCCCCUCAAACACGUCCCCAUCCGCGCCGUCACCCUCCUCCGUAAGCGCGAAGUCGACGAAGAAGCCCGCCGCACAGGCCAGAAACCCCUUCAGGGUCUUUACUCCUUUGAACAAACGCAGGAAAUCAUACCUCCUCCCAUCGUAGAUGGCAUUAUACCAAAAAAUGAGUACGGCAACAUCGACUGCUUCGUCCCGCGAAUGGUCCCUAAGGGUGCAGUACACAUCCCCUUCUCCGGUACCGCGCGUAUUUGCAAGAAACUAGGCAUCGACUACGCCGAGGCUGUGACGGGGUUUGAAUUCGGCAGCCAGAUGGCCGUCCCUGUUAUCGAGGGCGUUGUUGUCGCGGCCGAGAAUAAGGAUCUCGUUGUGGAUGCAUGGCGCGCUGAUAACGAGGAAAAACGACGCAAGGAAGCGCGAAAAGCUGAAGCGAAGAUUCUCGCGACCUGGCGUAAGUUCUUGUUCGGGCUCCGAAUUGCGCAGCGUGUGCAGGAGGAAUACGCAGAGGAUGAGGAGGGCCAUCUACCCGAUGCGCAUAAUCCCUUCGCUAGCCGGAAGGCAUCGACACACGCACGAGGCCACACUCAGACACCAGCAGAAGAACAACACCCAGCAGGCCUUGUAGAUGAAGAGGAAGAAGAAGAAGAAGCUGAUCGCGGCGGCGGAUUCCUCCUCGGAGACGAUCAUGCUGAUGAUGGUGAUCUGAUCAUCGAAGUGAGACAGCCGCCUGUGCGACGGGUCCAGAAUAUCUCUUCCGAAAAUGAGUCGCUUUCCGGAGACGUCGGCCGAGGCGGUGGAUUUCUUCUCGAUGGAAACAAUGAUAGCAAUGACGAGGGUCAGCUAGCGCAAAUGAGAAAACCCCCUGUGCGACGAAUCCCGAGGAUAUUGUACAGAGAUGGGUCUCCUGUUCUUGAAGAGGAAUCAUCACCGGAAGAGUAUACGGAGGAUAUAUCCCCUCCACCACAGAAGCGCAGACGCACGCGGAAUUCUAGGAAGACUUAG